UUUAAACUCUCCUUCAUAUCUCUUUAGCAUCACCUCAAACACUGUUUUUGGGUGAAAUCUAAAUUAUAUAGUUUAAAGAGGCAUCCAAAAAUAUAUCAUUUAUUUUUGUAACUAACCAUUUAUUGGAACUAAUUGUUUGUUUUCUUUUAUUUUCUUUGACAAGAAAAUGUCAAGCUUAUUUUCUCUGUUUUCAUCUCCAAAGCAAAGAAGUGCUCAAAAUGAAGAAGACGAAGAUAGUGAUAGCUCCCAAAAUGAAAGUCAGGAAAUGAAGGGAGAGGUUCACAGUCAUUUAGAAGAGAGCAUUCGUCCAUACAUUGAUCUGAUUGACACUCUGCGGUCAAUUGGCAUUCACAAGGACUUGUCAUUACCAACUGUUGUGGUGAUUGGAGACCAGAGCUCUGGAAAAAGCUCUGUGUUGGAAGCGCUGUCUGGAAUUGCGUUACCAAGAGGGAGUGGAAUUGUUACCAGAUGUCCACUGGAGCUGAGGCUGAAGAAGGUAACAGGUGGAGUCAAGUGGAAGGCUGUUCUGUCUUACCGUAAGAAGAGAAUUGAAUUGGUGGAUUCCUCUAUAUUUGCAAGUCCUCUUAAUGUUUCUGGCCAGCUGCGGAGUGGAAAGGUGGCACAUUCAGUCUACGAUGAGAAGAAAUUUGAAUUUGAGGACCCUUCAGAAGUUGAAGAACGUGUUAAGGCAGCCCAGAAUGAGCUGGCCGGAAAAGGGGUAGGAAUACGUAAUGAGCUCAUCACUUUAGAGAUCAUGUCACCAGAUGUGUGUGACCUCACACUGAUCGAUCUACCUGGAAUUGCCAGAGUCCCAGUGAAAGGACAACCACAAGAUAUUGGAGACCAGAAGGAAGAGACUAUAAACAUGGUAGUGGUCCCUUGUAACACUGACAUUACAACAACAGAAGCAUUAAAAAUGGCGCAAGAAGUAGAUCCUGAGGGCAAAAGAACUAUCGCCAUUUUGACCAAGCCAGACCUCAUAGACAAGGGAACAGAGAAGAACAUUCUGGCCGUUGUCCACAACAAAGUGAUUCCUCUCCGCAAAGGUUACAUCAUGGUGAAGUGUAGAGGACAACAGCAGAUCAAUGAUGAAAUUCCUCUAGAGGAGGCAGAACAAAUGGAGAAAGAUUUCUUCCAAAACCAUGACUAUUACAGAGGCCUCUUGACUGAGAAUCGAGCAACUAUUAAAGGUCUUGCUGUCAGACUGACUCAUAUUCUCGUUGAUCAUAUCAAAAAAUCCCUACCGCAGCUCGAUGACAAUGUAAAAAAAAUGUUGUGGGAUGCAAAAAAUGAGCUUAAUGAGUGCGAGGAAGGACCACCACAAGACCCAAAGGGAGCCAAACAAUUCCUUAUUAUGAUCUUAAAAAAAUUCAAUGAUCGAAUCAACUCCUUAUCAACAGGAGACCUGAUCAUUAAGGAAAAUCUGUUUGUCCGACUUCGGGAGAUUUUCAAGAAGUGGAACGAUCAUCUUGUUGAUACAAAACCAUCCUUUAAGAAUAUGAAAGAGUUUUGCCAGAAUAACAGAGGAAGGGAACUGCUCGGCUUCAGCAACUACAGAGUUUUUGAGAUUGUUUUACAGAGCCAAGUGGCCACACUUAAGAAACCAGCCUUUGACUUACUCAAUAUCAUAAAAGAAAUCAUCCUUGAGCAAUUCCGUGACGUGUCUAAUCAGAGUUUCCAGAACUACCCUGUUCUUCUAGAUAUCACUACGAAAAAAAUCAUCAACAUUCAGGCAAGUCAGCAUGCCAAGGCACAGGAGAGGAUCUCAGAGCAGUUUGAAAUGGAAAACAUGAUCUACACUCAAGAUCCCAUUUACCUAAAGAUGUUAAAUGAGAUCAGCCAUGAGACAUUUUCAGAAGAUCAGUUACCCAUCUUUGACACAAAAACCAAGUACAGUGAAAUGCUGCAGGCAUAUUAUGAUAUUGUGGUGCAGCGGAUGGCUGACCAACUGCCCAUGAUGAUCACUCUUUUCAUGCUGAAACAAACUGCUCAGUUCCUAUCUACUGACAUGUUGAGUUUACUGGACUGGGCAAAUGUGAGCGAACUCCUGUUUGAUAACUCUGAUAAUGCUAAAAAGCGCAAAGACCUACAGGUUCGGCUGAAACGUUUGACUGCAGCUCAGGAAGCACUUAGUGAUUUUAUUUGA